AUGAUCUUCUCACGCUUGACCAACUCUCGGGCUCGUAUCCUUCUUAGCCUUCUCAUCUUCGGCCUCAUAGUCUCAACUCAAGCAGAACCAAGAACCAAAAAAUCUUCAAGCCCAGAACCUUCUCAAAGCACCAUUACUUGGACCUCCGCAGCUGCUACCAUUACGAGUGGAGUUGAUGAAUGUUGUUUCUCUGGACUUUGUCGGGCUGAUCAGGAUAGAUGUUAUGGUUAUCAUCAUCGGAUUGAUAGCAAUAAAUCUGGGGGAAAUAUUACGAAGAAAAAGAUUUUUUGGGCAGUAUACGUAGCUUCUACUUUCUUUGGGAUUUUGGGUGGUUUGGGUUUGAUGUUUUUGUAA